AAAAGCACUUUGCAUGGAGUACGUUUAGAAAGACGUUUGCUUGUUUACGAGUUGAAAUUGUGUAUAUGGAAAUUGACACGAAAUUGGUUGUGUUGAAGUUUAGACAGUUUUAAAAGCGUUUUCAGUCUUAAUAAAGGAUCAGUUUACAUUGUCUUAUUGCUUCAUAUCUCUGGCAGGUGAACGUUCAAUGACUGAGGAAAUCGUACCACGAUCAAAAAAGAAAUGAACUUUUUCUUUGUCAACUAUAUUUUAUAUUGUUCCCUCGAGUAAGGGAUGCCAGGCAACUGCUAUUUUUCCUUCACAUCUUUUGGUAUCAAAUGUCGUUAACAUUCGUAGACAUAUUAAUAAGAGGAACAGAGUCAACAGACAUUUGUUUGGAUCGAUUAUAAAAUGAAUUUUAUCUUCAUCUUUGGGACUUUUUGUUUGCUUCUUUCGACUUUUUGUGAUACACUAGUUUUGAAUACAGAAAAAUGCGUUGAUCAUUGUCAAGAGGAAACUGUUCCUAACUAUCGCUACAAAAAGCUAUGUAAAACUAUAUGUGAACAAUCUAUCCUAAAUAAGACCUUAGGCGAAGAAAACAUCCUACGAAAUUUGUCGACGCCUAUUGCUCCUAAAAUUAUUGGAAUUGAUGAUAGGACUGUACGCUUGAAUUUCUUCACAGCUGCGCUUAAAGAUAUUUCGGAGUUGAAGUAUAUCGUGGAAAUAAACCGAAUCAGGAAUCUUAGUGAAAAAGAUGGGUUUUUUAUUGUGUAUCCAUUCAAGCCGACGUUUCGUAUUACCAAUAAAACCGAUUACUCAUUUACGGAUCUUGAACCAAAUGCACAAUAUAAGUUUCGUGUGGUCGCUCUUCGUUUAAAUGGAACAGAACGUUCAGAAUUCAGUCAAUGGAGCAAUAUUACGACAACAAAAAGUUGCACUACAUCUUCUUGUGGUGUCAGCAAUAUGAGACUACAUGUUACACCUCGUUUCCCCGGCCAUGGAAUGAAGGAUUUGAAAUCAUUUUUGUUUUGGGAUCCUACCAAAUUAUACGAUGAACAUCUCGAUAAAGAUGCAGAACUUGUAGGACAAUGUCUGUCUGAUGGCUUGUGUCGCAGUAAAUUUCAACCUGAUCAUAGAGAACAUACAAAAUCAUCUACAUAUAAGAACUUCUUUAAUGAUAGUACAUUUUUCAACAUUUCCACAUUUGCAUCAAAGGCAAGCGUCUUUUUUGAUUGCUGGUACAAUUUUACGAUUUAUGUAGUCAAAUCAAAAUCUUUUUGGGGGGUCAAGACGCACGCUAGCCGAAGUUGGAUAUUUCACGUACCAGAUUGUAUUAAAGUUGACAAAUUGAGCACUUGUGGAUGUUCUUAUUUUAUACGUCCACCGGAGAAAAAUCAUGAAUCACUAUACGUGGACGUAUUAUCAUCAAAUAACAAAACAUCGGUGGCACGAGUAAACUGGAAGAAGCAAAUAUGGCAAGAAGAUAUUAUUAUGUUCCAAGUUGAGAUGGUGGAUAGGGACAGUAAAUUUUAUAAGUCCUUUGUUAAGACUGUCAAAGUUAAAACUGAAUCUGACAAAUACAGUGUAAAUUUUACAAAUCUUCUCACAAGGAAUGAAUAUGAUGCUAGGUUGACUGCAAUACAUUCUCAUCAUUGUCAUCACAAAGAACGCUACAUUUUCAAAUUUACUGCAUUGGCAGUUUGUCAAUGGAACAUGUCGAACAACUGCAGGAACAACAGCAAAUGUAAACAAAUUCCGGGGACAAUUAAGUACAAUUGUCCUUGUAAUGAUGGGUUCUUUGAAUUCAAUCAAACAUGCACUCCUGAAAAUGUGACAGAAAUCAAAGAGAAAAAAGACAAGAAAGAAACAAAAGAUAGUAGAAUUUUAGCAAUAGUUGCUGGAAUUGUUCCUGCAGUGAUUGUUAUCAUCGUCCUAUUUGUCGCAAUUAUAAUUUGGUUGCGUUAUUUUCAUAAAAAGAGAAUGAAUUUUAUGGCAAGAGAAUUUGAUAUUGCGCUGGGAACAAAUGUUGGUGGAACCUUAACUAAUCCAUAUGAUUUACAGCAUCCAAUGGUCGUCGCUUUACCAGAGCAGAAUGGAAAAGAGAUCAAUUUGUUGUAUAUGAUGAAAGAAGGUCUUGAAAUGCCCGAAAAUUUGAGGGUUUCGUUGAGGUUGUUAGAAUUGCCAGGUGAACGUAUUCGACGUAGAGAAAUGAUAGGUCGUGGAGCAUUUGGUGAAGUUUAUCUUGGUGAAGCUGAAGGAGUUAAUGAUUCUCCUGGAUGGACCACUGUUGCUAUCAAAACUCUUACAGUUGCAGUCCAUAAGGACGAUGUACACGAUUUUAUGCGUGAAAUUGAGCUCAUGGCGGAUAUUGGAAAGCAUAAAAACGUUAUUCAGAUGUUUGGUUGUUGCAUAAAGUCUCGUCCUAUAUGUCUGGUUCUUGAAUAUGCACCAGGAGGGAAUCUUGUUAAUUAUCUUCGAGCUCUUAAGAAAAAGUGCAAAGAAAUCGCUGCAGCACAAGUUUAUGCAUUUAUGGAAGCAGAAAAGCAGAAAUUUGAGAAAUUUUUUGAUCCUGGUGAAAUGCCUUCUUUUACCGACGAUCUUUAUAAUAAAACAAAAGGAAAUGAAGUAAAGCAAGCUGAAGCAAUAAAUGUAGAAAUUGCUUCAAGGAUUAAAAACGAGCUUCGGGCUGCUCUUGAUCCAAAAGAACUUGAAUCGUUUGCGCGACAGAUUGCUUCGGGAAUGGAACAUGUGUCACAGCUCGGAAUUGUCCACCGAGAUUUGGCAGCAAGAAACAUACUUCUUGGUGAAAACAAGGUGUUGAAAAUAUCUGAUUUCGGUUUGUCACGAGAAGGUUCAACAUACAUCAAAAAAACGGCAGGAAAGAUACCAUUUCGAUGGCUUUCAAUUGAAGCAAUCAGAGAACGUCUUUAUUCAACUGCUAGUGACGUAUGGGCAUUUGGCAUUGUUCUCUGGGAAAUAUGUACACUUGGUGACAUACCUUACCCAACUGUGUCUGAUAAAGAUCUUGAACAAUUUUUGAUGAGUGGCCAAAGAUUGGACAAAGUGAAUAGUUGCACCGACGAAAUAUAUACUAUUAUGUUGAAAUGCUGGAGUCAUGUACCAGAAGAUAGGCCAUCGUUCACUGAACUUUCUAAGGAACUUUGGGAUCUGGAGCACAAAGGAAAUACUUACGUAAAUGUUGAAAGUUUAAUGAAACAAUCAAUGGAAGACGAUCAUGGAAACGGAAACGGCGUUGACAAGAAAAAUAACAACAAAGAUGGGGAUCCUUUACAGUCGGAUGUUGCUGGUGAAAAUACAGCCUUUGAUAACCCUGGUUUUAGUUUGGGCGAAGAGGAUUUGACAAACUGUUGAUUAAGCACAAUCCUGUCCUGAAAAAAAUAAAUACGUAUGAAGGUAAAAAUAAAUGGAAAAUUUUAGAUAGACGAAAGGAAUGGAAGUUAGGACUGGUAUGCGUUGCAAAAUCGUGAAAAAAACGGCCUUUCAUAUGGUUCAUAAACUACGAAAUUAAUAUUAAUCAUGAAAGAAUUCAGUUGACCGUUUUCAAAGCUUUACAUAAUUUGAUUUUAAAAAGAAAUAAUUUUGGAGAAAGUAUUAUUUCGUAAUUUGUAACCUUUAUUCAACAGCACGAUGAAUAGUUGAAAAAUUUUCCUUUAUUAGCUAAGCGUUGAAUUGACAAGGUUACAUUUCCCGCUUCAAAAUUAUUACAAUAAAUGUUAAACAAAAGAUUAAACACAUUUCUAAUCAUAUUUCAGUUAUCGUAUAGUAAACAUGUAAUUUUUUAAGUAUUUUAAAGUAAAACGUAUAAAUUCGUCCGUAA